CGAGAACCCGGAAGUGCUGUUGUUCCGUUCAGAGUGAAAGUGCUGCUGUUGAAAAUGAGGUGUUGGCGUGUGUAAGUGAGACAUGGUUCCUGAACAUGGACAGCAGCAAAAAAGCUCGUUGCAGCCGCCCGACAGCGCAGGCAAGGUGGACGGAUCGUUUGUGUUUGAAGCUCAAGAGGCUUGGAAAGAGUUCCAUCAUUCUCUCUGGCAGUUCUAUGAAAACGGAGAGCUCUGUGAUGUCACACUGAAGGUGGGGAACAGACGGAUACCGUGCCACAAACUCGUCCUGGCCUGCGUCGUGCCGUACUUCCGUGCCAUGUUCCUCUCGGACAUGGCCGAGGCCAAACAGGACCUGAUUGAGAUCCGCGAUUUCGACGCCGACGCCAUCCAGGACCUGGUGCGCUUCGCCUACUCCUCGCGACUGACGUUGACAGUGGAUAACGUCCAGCCGCUGCUGUACGCCGCAUGUAUCCUGCAGGUGGAGCUGAUCGCGUGCGCCUGCUGCGAGUACAUGAAGGCUCACUUUCACCCGUCGAACUGUCUGGCCGUUCGCACGUUUGCCGAGAGUCACAACAGGGUGGAUCUGAUGGACAUGGCCGACCGUUACGCGUGUGAGCAUUUCAGCGAGGUGGUGGAGUGCGAAGACUUCAUCGGUGUCUCUCCGCAACACCUGAAGACGCUCCUGUCCUCCAGUGACCUCAACAUUCAGUCUGAAACUCAAGUGUACAUCGCCGCCGUGAAGUGGCUCAAAUCGAACCCCGAGCACCACGACACCUGGCUCGAUCAAAUCGUGUCUCAGGUUCGUCUUCCGUUGCUGCCGGUGGAUUUCCUCACGGCUACCAUCGCUAAAGAGGAAAUGAUCAAAGCCAACUUGAACUGCAGAGACCUUCUAGACGAGGCCAGGAAUUACCACCUGCACCUCAGCAACAAGAACGUUCCGGACUUUGAGUAUUCCAUCCGUACGACCCCACGCAAACACACUGCAGGUGUGUUGUUCUGUGUGGGGGGCCGGGGUGGGUCUGGCGACCCGUUCCGCAGCAUCGAGUGUUACUCCGUCAGUAAAAACGGCUGGUUCUUCGGGCCUGAAAUGAACAGCAGACGGCGACACGUGGGCGUGAUUUCAGUGGCAGGAAAGGUUUACGCUGUCGGAGGUCAUGACGGCAACGAGCACCUCGGGAACAUGGAGAUGUUUGAUCCGCACACUAACAAGUGGAUGAUGAAAGCGUCGAUGAACACAAAACGGAGGGGGAUCGCACUGGCUGCUCUUGGCGGUCCCGUCUACGCUAUCGGUGGUCUGGACGAUAACUCGUGCUUUAAUGACGUGGAGCGCUAUGAUAUCGAGUCGGAUUGCUGGAGCGCCGUCGCCCCGAUGAACACACCCAGAGGGGGCGUCGGGUCUGUGGCGCUCGGGGGUUGUGUUUACGCAGUUGGUGGGAAUGACGGCGUUGCGUCUUUGUGCAGCGUUGAGCGAUUCGACCCGCAUCUGAACAAAUGGACCGAUGUGCGGGAAAUGGGCCAGCGGCGUGCCGGAAAUGGCGUCAGUGAGCUCAACGGGUGCCUUUAUGUUGUUGGUGGUUUUGAUGAUAAUUCUCCAUUGAGCUCCGUCGAGCGGUUUGAUCCCAGAAUGCACCGCUGGGAGUAUGUAGCAGAGUUGACCACUCCCAGGGGCGGAGUCGGUGUUGCCACAGUGAUGGGGCGUGUGUUUGCAGUGGGCGGGCACAAUGGAAACAUUUAUCUGAAUACAGUGGAAGCAUUUGAGCCCCGAAUGAACAGAUGGGAGUUAGUGGGCUCUGUGUCUCACUGUCGGGCCGGCGCAGGGGUCACCGUCUGUUCCACACACAUCAGUCAGAUUCGAGAUGUCGGUCAGGGCUCCAGUAACGUCGCUGACUGCAUGUAACCGCAAUGACAUGACACAGACUCCAUAACCGUCACCCGGAAACCUCCCGGCGUAUUCAUGUGAUCACUCCCCCUGUGUGCUGAAUGUCAUGUGAUCACUCCCCCUGUGUGCUGACUGUCAUGUGAUCACUCCCCCUGUGUGCUGAAUGUCAUGUGAUCACUCCCCCUGUGUGCUGACUGUCGGGUCAUUUACUGUGUCUGUACAGUUACAAAGUUGUACUGGACGAUACCGGCGGUUCAUCGUGUGAUGAUUUCUUAUGUUUAAGAGGUAGAAAAACUUCGGAAACUAUUAUUUAUAUGAUUACUUUGACUUUUAAGACACACAGAACUAACAUAUUCCCGGCAUUGUUUAGCCGUUGCAUUUGUUUGCGAGUGUACAAUCAGAAACAUGAGCACUGAUAGAAUAUCUAUAAUAUGUGAAAGAUCUUGUACAGUCUGAUUUCUAAUGCUCCUCAUGUAUGAUAUGAAUAUAGUAUAAGGACCCACUUUAUAUGAGGUGUUUAUCUAUUAUGUACUUAAUCAUUUAAUAUUAUGUACUUAUUAUGUACAUGUUGUUGCAUUAUACUUAAAUAUAAAGUACCUGCAUUAAAUUACUUAUGUAGUUACACUGUUAAACUAACCCUAAACUUACCCUGACCUAACUUUAACCUAGUCCUAACUUUACCCUGACCUAACUUUACCCUGACCCUAACUUUACCCUGACCCUAACUUUAACCUAGCCCUAACUUUACCUGACCUAACUUUACCCUGACCUAACUUUAACCUAGCCCUAACUUUACCCUGACCCUAACUUUACCCUGACCCUAACUUUACCCUGACCCUAACUUUACCCUGACCCUAACUUUAACCUGACCCUAACUUUACCCUGACCCUAACUUUAACCUAGCCCUAACUUUAACCUGACCCUAACUUUACCCUAGCCCUAACUUUACCCUAGCCCUAACUUUAACCUAGCCCUAACUUUAACCUAGCCCUAACUUUACCCUGACCCUAACUUUACCCUGACCCUAACAUUAAACUGACCCUAACUUUACCCUGACCUAACUUUAACCUAGCCCUAACUUUACCCUGACCCUAACAUUAAACUGACUCUAACUUUACCCUGACCCUAACUUUAAACUGACCUAACUUUACCCUAGCCCUAACUUUACCCUAGCCCUAACUUUACCCUGACCUAACUUUACCCUAGCCCUAACUUUACCCUAGCCCUAACUUUACCCUGACCCUAACUUUACCCUGACCCUAACUUUACCCUGACCUAACUUUACCCUGACCCUAACUUUACCCUAGCCCUAACUUUACCCUAGCCCUAACUUUACCCUGACCCUAACUUUACCCUGACCCUAACUUUACCCUGA